CUAUCAGAAUUGCCACGUUUAAUCUUUAGGUAUUAAUUAAAUCAAGCAAGCUUCGCUUAAAUCAUUUGCACACUAAAUGCUAAAAAUCAUUCAGGCAUAGCUUGCAAAUCAUAUAAAACGAAGCUCACAUUGAGAAGAGAAUUCAGUUAUCAAAUCAAAAGUACUUGAAGCAACUGGGUCAUGUUUAUAAAGUGGCAAGUCGGCUACAUAGCCUGUUGUCUAUUGGCCAUAAUUGUGGCCGUAACAGCCCAUGUCAAUGCCUACAAAAAGUUUGGACGCGACUGUCGCGACAUUAGUUGUGUCGGCACUGAACGAUGCAUAUUAACCAGCGUGGCAUGCGAAAAGGAUCAACUGGAUGGCGAACACUGUGGCCAAUAUCCGAAAUGUGUCGAGCGUUCAAGUAGCCCAGAUCAGCAUUUGAAUCGGUUCAUGAUCGACACCACAUCCACCACAGCUAACACUCGCAGCAUCAGCGCACCCAUCUCCGGUCCCAGCACCAGCACGCUCCAUUUGAAUCACCAGCCGUACACUGAGUCGAACCCAGACAGGGACAAUGGCUUUGAGCUCCUUGAUGGAGUCACUGGGCCAAUGCCAGGGGCCAGUCAUGCCGAUCAGCGACAGGCAAACGUUCUGGUCAUUGUGCAGGAUGGGUCCCAGCCGCCCAUGCCAAAUCCCAAUUCCAAUCCCAAUCUCAAUUAUAACAGACAGCUCUGGCGACAGCCGUGCAUUGUUAGUCCAUAUUAUCCAUACGCCUGCACCAAUGCGCCCCCACCAAACAUGCCCGUCUCGAGAUCAGUUCCCCCUUACGGCAACGCACGGGCCGCCUCCGGACCGCAGCUAGUGCCACCAACUCCGCCGUGCUAUUACAACUGUUAUCCCAGACUGGCAGCUGGGUAUCCGCUUGCUCGAUCCUCUAGACCUACCGCAUCGACAAGCAACUACUUGCUUUACAUAUCCAUUUAGUGGCAAAUAGUUUGU